CUCAGUUGAAAAUUCUUCAAAUUUUCACUACUCAAUUCGCUCAAAUCUCUUAAAUCUGUAUGCUAAUACCACAAAAUGUGACCAUAUUUUAGAGACCCAAAAGCCCUAAGUAAAAAUUGUGACUCCAUCAGGAAUCGAGUUAUCUAAAUCAGAAGAAAGUUAAAAGUUAGAAGUUUGAAGCUGCAAGUGUUUGAAGUUGUUUGGAGUUUUGAAGUUGUUCAAAGUUUUGAAGGAAAUGAGAGGAACUAGACGAGGUAAAAGCGGGAGAGGCGGGACAGGCUGUGGACGUGGCAAUUUUCGAGGACGUGGAAAUUCUGGAACGACGCCUCAACCACAAAUACAAUCAAUAGAGAUUAACGAGGUACCUUUGGAGAUAGGACAAUCAAGUAACCCAAGUCAAGGAACUCUACAGUCCGGACAAAUAUCAUGUAACCCUCUCCAAAGAACAUCUCCAGAGACACAAUCAUCAAGGAAUCUAGAAGAAAAUGCAUGCCCCUCUCCAGAGGCUAAAAAUGGUGCAGUUUCUCGCAUCAAUAAAAAGAGAGGAAGGGGAAAAUAUAAAUCUAAAACAGUAGAUAUAAAAACUAAGUAUGGAGGAAAAAUCACAAUAAUGAUUCCAGAUGACAUUGAUAGAGUUGUGGGUUCCGGGGCUAGAGAUAUUGUUAAUUACUCUGGUUUGAUCAUGAGGACCUAUAUCUCGUUCCAAGAGGGAAAAUGGCAAAAGAUUGUUUUGAAAUACGGAGAAGCAAUGUGGUUAUAGGUCAAGAACAAAUUUGAAGUUUGUGGCGGGCUGCGAGAGCAUAAGUUGCAAGGCUUUGUGAUAAGUAGUAUGCAAAGGCUUUUUAGAGCAUGGAAAGCUCGAUUGCACACUGAUUACCUCCGUUAUUCUACUGAUGAAGACAGAUUGUCUCAUCGACCUGAGGAUGUUUAGUUGGAGGACUGGAAAUACCUAGUAAAGUAUUUUGGAAGUGAGGAAUUCAAGGUUGUCAGUGAGAGAAACAAAAGAAAUAGGGCAAAGCAAAUAACUAAGCAUGCUUGUGGUACAAGGUCUUUUGCAGAAGUAGAAGAAUCUACGGUGAAAAUACUAUUGUUCCCCUAUUAUAACAUAUAAUGCUUUGUUAUUUAUAUAUUUAUCUGCUUAUAAAUUUUCCCUAUAAAACUAUAUUGUGGAGAGAUCCUGUUUCUGGAGAAAAGGACACACUAGAUAAAGUGUGGGAGAUCCAACAUACACAUAAGAAUGUUAACGGAGAACGGGUGUGGUUGGAUUCAAAAUCCCAACAAAUUCAUGUCCAGCUUCAGCAACUUGUUGUUGAACAACAAUCUGAAGAGGUUGAGCAUCCCAUGACUAGAGAAGAGAUGUAUUCAUCCAUUCUUGGUCAGAGAUCAGGCUAUGUUUGUGGUUUUGGAUAUGGAAAGAAGCCUCCCAGAAAGACUCAAAUGCAGCAGGCAAACAUAGAAGCUAGCGUGUCUUCUGCGAUGGAAAUUAUGCGUCAAGAGAUGCAAGCUGAUAUGGACCGGAAGUUCCAAGAAGAACUGAACCGAAAGUUGCAAGAAGAAAAUGAACAGAUGGCUAUCCACUUAAAAAGGGAGAUGGAAGAAGAUUUGCAAAAAAAAUUGGAAGAGGAGCGUGCACACAUGAGAGGAGAAUUUGACAAGAUGAUCCAAGACCAAAUGGCUGCUUUCAUGACUAGAAUUCUACAGCAGGGACAAGGUUCUUAAGCAAUGGGGCUGCCCAAAGAGGACCUUCAAGGCGUGCAAUGGAAGUUUUUGAUCAUAUGUAAUAUGCAUACAAUGGAAGUUUUUGCUUUUGGAUCAUAUGUAAUAUGCAUACAACGGAAGUUUUUGAUCAUAUGUAAUAUGCAUACAAUGGAAGUUUUUGCUUUUGAAUCAUAUGUAUAUGCACACAAUGAACCGAAGUACUAUAUAUAUGUACGUAAUAUAUAUGCAGUUGACUUUUAAGUAAUGAAAGUAUUUAUAA